ACAAAAUUUCUCGUGACCGGACACACCACACAUCACAACAUAACACAAACAUUGCUUUCUUUUCCCAUCGCCAUUUUAGGGUUUCAAAGUUUCACUUUCCCUUUCUUCCCUCUCACCUUGCAUAUCUCAUUUCCUUCAAUCCAUGCCUUUUAUUUUCGCUUUCUUUCUCCAAUUCGUCUAAUUUCACCAUCGUUCGACGCGAUUAACUAAUAAACCGGCAUCAAGUAUAUGCAUUAAAAGCUGCUCUUUCUUCAGGUAUAUUGGAAUCUCACCUGGGUUCUAAUUGAUGCAUUCACACCGUUAGCAGUUGGAUUCCAAUUCUAAGAUGAGCAAUUCUCACUCUGAAAAUCAUGAUGAAGCAACUGUGGUGGGAUUUGAAGUUCCAAAAUCACCUGAAUCCAGUUACAACAAUGUCUACCCUGGAAAUGAAGAUGAGGCAAGGGAUCCGCCUAUGGUGCCUUCACAUUUGCAACACACUUUGCUCAAUUAUCCUGCUACCAGAGACACUGCAGGAACAGUUCCAUUGCCUCAGAACGUGAUUCUAAAUCAUCUUUACAUCGAGAAUAGAGAGUCCCCAAGAUCUGUGGUGGCUUUGGGAUUCACUCAUCGUUUCCGUUCUAAAUAUGUUACAGUCGUCCUUUACAAACCAGUCCAAAGAAGGGGAAAUACAGGCAUUUAAUGUUCAUAUUCGAAACUUAAUCACCGACGACUGUUUGUAAUGAUUUAUUGUAGACUCAAUAUUCCAAUUACUGGAAAUGAUAUUUUAAUGAACUUAAGUAGAUUAUUUCUUGGUAA